UUCAAUAGCGAACGCCUUAUCAUCUGUUAUCAUGGGGUACCGGAAAAUAUCUCAGCUUUGCGCUGCCGCCGCUGACCUCACCUCGGGUCAAGACCAUGCCUUAACGAUGGCUUCACACGAAGAUGAGCUCCUGGGCAAGAUAUCAGAGAUCGAGAAAUCCCUAGCCGCACUUUCCACCCAGAAAACCCAACUGGUUGAUUUGAAGAAAUCAAUAUCGGAUGAGCUCGACCUACUACGCGCCAGUAGGGCUCACAGUCACAAACAUGGGGCUGUUCAUCCUUACCCAAGAUUGCCCAUGAAGGAGGAGGCAUCAAUGACGGUAAAUCAGGGGGAACAUAGGUCUGUGUUUUUAAUGAUAACUUUCACUAAGGGAAACAUAGGUGCCCUAUAUGAAGUCAAAUUCAAAUACGGGGCAAAAGUUGAUGAUAUAGACGGAAGAGCCGUGCUUGAACCUGUAGUCACGUUCCCUUGUUUUAACGAGUGUGCAAGGAUUUUCAGCCGCUCCCAAGUAUAUGUAUUUACAGAGGAUGCUUGCGUUAGGUCAUUCGAUACGAAAACUAGGGAAUUAGAUCCCUCUGUACCUCCUACCUUAGAGUUGAAGCCGAGUGGAACAUUCGUGUCCGCAUAUGACAGACUCUAUUUUCUUGAAGAAGCAUCGCCCUUUGUAGCAGAUCCGCUUCCAUCUUUUGCGAAAUACAAUCCUGAUGAGAACGAUUGGGAGCGAAUGCCUGAGUUUCCAAUUCGUUAUCCUUAUCCUAUGCGGGUAACUGGUUAUGCCGUUUGUUAUGGACUUAUUUUGUAUACACUAAUUGACGGACAUGAAAACUCUGAUGUUGUUGCUUUUCACGUGGGUGGAAUGAAUUGGAUUCGAGUGGAAGUUGACACUUGUGAUUAUACUCCUUUCCGAGGGAGGGCUGUGGUUGUAGACAAGACUAUAUAUGCCUUGGAUCUAUUUCAAGUGGAUGAGAUUAUAGCAUUCUCCUUGAAGAUGAACAAACGCGUUGACGGUAGUAUUGCAUACACACUAAUCAAGCUGUGUAAAUUGGACGGCUUGAAGAUUGUGUCUCCACCAUGUCCAUUUGAUGAGCUUGAGAGUGACUAUUUCGUUCAUUUGGGGAACCUAGACUUUUUUCAUGUUAAGACUGGCACUAAUUAUGAAUUUUACAAGGUUCAACAUAUUUGUAUCACCACUUUUCAAAUAUUUGUUCGAGAAGACGGAAUACAUAUGAUCAAGACAUUACAUUCAACUGUUCUUCCUAUGGAUAUCGAGGCUUGUGGCCAGUUCACGCUCACGUUCGGCUUCACUCCAGAGCGCGAGGAUUAUGAACCCAUAAAAGGGGAGUGUAGCUAGCAUGAACAGCCCAAAUAAGAAGAUGAAACCACUAUCGAAGAGAAUUAUUUGAUGUGUGUGGGAGAUAGAAGCCAAGGAGGAAAUAAGCCCAGCAUGGGACAGCCAACCAGAAAAAAACCCCCGCAAACGGAAAAAAAAAAUAAAUAAAAAAGAAAAGAAAAAAAGAAAGAAGAAGAAGCGGAUUGAAGGAGGAACAUGUAGUAGAAAAUGACAUGUAAUGUAAAUACUUGAGGAGCAGGGAAUCUAUGUUGGAUUAGAUAUUAUUGUGGCAUUUUACUGCCAUCUAGGCCUUUGGUGUUAUAGGGGAAAAACGAUGUUAUUGAUUGUGAUAUUUAGCUGAUAGCUGAUAUGAUACAUUU